AUGGAGAAACAAUUGCAGAGAUACGAAUCAUACGCUCGUGGCGUUAAACGGCUUUUGCUUUUAGCUGGAUUAUGGCCAGGUCGCGUUUCAUCGAAACUGUUUAAAUUAGUGGUUAUUACCCAUUUCACGUUGAGCGUCAUAACCGCUUGUGGUAUUAUGUACUUCGUGGUCAGUCACAUUACAAAUCUCGAUCUUGUCACGAAAGGUCUUGGAAUAGCAGUGAGCUUCUACACUAUUUUAUUAAAGGUCAUUGUGUUUACGAUUAAUCGGGACAGCCUCGUUGAGCUACACGAGACUCUGGAAAAAAAUUUUCGGAAAGAUCUAGAAAAUCAGGAAUAUCAAACAGUCUUGUUAUCCCCGAUCGCGCAAUUCGAUCGUCCAACUCUCUACCUGUCACUAUCAACGCUAGGUGUUAUCACAAUGUACAAUCUAAAUCCAAUCAUAGGGAUUAUUAUACAAUUAUCACACGGGAAUGAAAUCAUCAAGCAUCGAACGCCCUUCCCCUCCAAAUAUCCGUUUCCAGAGAGCAACGGUUUGUACGUAACUCGUUACUUGAUUGAAAUGUGGGCAAGUUUCGCCAUUGGUUCGAUAACAGCAGCUACAGAUGCUCUCUUUGGUUUCUACAUUUUCCAAAUGUCGAGCCAACUUCGCGUUCUUUCCUACCGAAUGAACAAGUUAACCGCGGCUGAUGAUCAUCAAACGAUCAUCAAGGAGUGCGUUGUACGACGACAGUUUCUGGCCCAGUGUCGCGAUAAACUUCAAACGAUUUACGGACCGGUCAUUCUCUGGAUGCUCACCACAAGCGCCAUGACCAUGUGCGCAAACAUUUUUCAAGCUUCUCAGAUCAGCAUGGAUAAGGCUGUCUUGGUUUUCGUCUACAUUAGCAUGAAGCUCAUGCAAACUCUUCUUUAUGGUUGGUUCGGAUUGUUUCUAACCACCGAGUCAGAAGCCUUUCGAGAUUCGAUUUACUCUUGCGGAUGGCCGGGCUGCGGUGAUAAAUUAUUCAUAUCCAAUAUUAAAACAAUGUUGUUGUGUAAACCUUUGGUAUUGAAAGCUUUGCAGUUCUAUUCGAUAUCGGUUGACAUGUUCAUGGCGAUAAUGAAUACGACUUUAUCAUACUUCUUUUUGUUGCGGACACUCGACGAAAAAUGAAGUGAAGUGGAAAAUUCAUUACCACGCGAUAUUCUGCGUUUCGAUCGCCAAAGACGGUUCCAUUAUUUUCGA